CUUUCUCCUCCACGAGUGUUCUAGGGUUUUAGGCUCCGGGGCACCGUAUAAAUUUAGGCUCUAGGGUUUCCACUCCGGCGCGCCGCCUCCCCUCCCCUCCAUCGUAGCGGAACAGUGCUUCCACCGCCGGCGCCAUGAGUAAGUUGCAGAGCGACUCCCUGAGGGAAGCAAUCACAGCUAUUACCAAUGGAAGUCGGGAGAAGAACCGCAAGUUCGUUGAAACCAUUGAGCUGCAGAUCGGACUGAAGAACUAUGACCCGCAAAAGGAUAAGCGUUUCAGUGGUUCUGUUAAGCUUCCUCACAUCCCUCGCCCAAAAAUGAGGGUCUGCAUGCUUGGUGAUGCCCAGCACGUUGAAGAGGCAGGGAAAAUGAGCCUAGACUAUAUGGAUGUGGAAUCCCUCAAGAAGAUGAACAAAAACAAGAAGCUAGUCAAGAAGCUUGCAAAGAAGUACCAUGCCUUUCUUGCAUCUGAGGCCAUCAUUAAGCAGAUUCCUAGACUUCUUGGACCUGGUCUUAACAAGGCAGGAAAAUUCCCAACUCUGGUUUCUCAUCAGGAGUCUCUCGAAGCGAAGGUUAAUGAGACCAAGGCUACAGUGAAGUUCCAGCUGAAAAAGGUGCUCUGCAUGGGUGUUGCUGUUGGCCACUUGGGCAUGGACGAGAAACAAAUCUUCCAGAACGUGCAGAUGAGCGUGAAUUUCCUUGUUUCUCUGUUGAAGAAGAAUUGGCAAAAUGUGAGGUGCUUGUACCUGAAGAGCACAAUGGGAAAGCGGGAACGGUUGUUCUAGACCUCUCAUCUUUAGGCUUCUAGGGAUAUUCAGGUGUUUGGGAAACUUUGAGUACCUAUUUUUCGUGAGGCAAGUUACAGUUGAAUGGUCCGAAUUAUUGUGUCUUGUACUGAGAUGGUCUGUUCUCUCCUGUGGAACUUCAUGAUAUUCUAUCCAUUGAGAUUGCUCUCAAGAGUGUCUCUGAUGUUA